CGCUAUCGCGCGACGAUCGCACGCGGAAACAUGGCGGCCUCCAUGCGAUUGUCGGCUGCUUUCAAGAAACCCGGGCUUUCUUCCGGAUUUUCGAAAUAUGUCUCCUCCUUUUCCGUCGCUAAACCAAGCGUAAUUUGCAGUUCGCCGCUCGCGAAUCGACAUUUUUCGGUGUGCAUGCUCAAACCGAAGCUUCGCGGAUCUUGCGAGCAACUAUUCAGGAAUCAGUCGGUCCGCUUCAAGCAACGACCUUUCGGUCAGGUCUGUUGGAACUGCCGCGGACCGGUGACACGAACCGACGUCGUCUGCAAGAAAUGUGACAGCCUCUUGGACACAUACGGCAAACUCAAUUACUUCGAGAUUAUGGGUGAAACGCCACGCUACGACAUCGAUGCUUCCAAACUUCAAGAGAGGCUGCACGAGAUGCAAAAGAGCCUACACCCCGACAGGUUCGCCUCCAAAUCGAGGAAAGAGCAAGACCUUUCGGACGACCUGUCCGCCCUGGUGAAUCAGGCGUACCAGAUCCUAUCCAGGCCCGAGAAGCGGGCCCGCUACCUGCUCGAACUGCACGGCAUCGACCUGCAGGCGAUCGAACUGGACGCGCCGUUCCUGGACCGCAUGAUGGAGCUGAACGAGCGGGUGGCCGACAUGGACCCAGCCCGAGACCAGGACACGGCCAGGGAACUCCUGCAGACGGUCCGCGUCGAGAUCUCGCUCCUCAACGAGCAGAUGGACUCUUUUUUCCAGAAGGACGACCUGGAACGGGCCUGCGUCGCACUGGCCAAGCUGAUGUACUUGCGGAACGUCGAAACUCUACUUCGGGACGUGCUGAAAGAGCUCUAAAGCGCGCGACACUCCGGCUAUGCACUUGAUCGGUUGGAAUGUUAUUUUUGUUCCUCUUUACCUUGCACACAGUGUGGUCCUACGGUUUAAUUGGUUCAUCGAUGUCGAUACUAUUAAACCGUGGUGGCGAUUCACAUAUGCACACACGCUACGCCGAUGAGGGACGAACGGCGUGGUCAUUCCUGCGGUUUGAUACCUUGUAUGGCAUUAGAUAGUUUUAUACUCCGUUUACCUUUAAGUUGAGACUGCAGCUGAAACUUUAAAACGCGAGCUAGCUUGCGCUCGUUUUGCGGAAGAACGCUUCAAAGCAGCGACCUCGAGCACUCGUGCUUGUGGCAUUGGCUGCGGUACAGUAGAUCGUACGCUGCAGCGUAGCCUCCUAUAUACUGACAAAGCCUGGCAGAUCGCCACGAAAAGUGGCCGCCGAAAUGGUAAAGGUGGAGUGUCAGGCAACGGAUGAGAGGAGAGCCACGUGACUGGCGCCCCGCUGCGUCGGGACGCGGAACCACGGUUCUUCCGAACGAACAACUGUGUUUCGGGUCCUCGCCGAGCCGUAUAUGUAGAGAGUUUGGCCAUUCGUUGGGGAGUAUAGGAGACAGAUAAGGAGGCGCCAUUCGCCGAAAGCGGGCUGCAUGGGCGUGUUCCAGGGCGUCUCAACAAAUUCGAAUGCGGCUAACCAGAAGCCGGAAAUAAUAUCCUGGCGAUAGUCGCGAGAAACAAACCUAAUAAGUGCAUCGGGGUGACUCUCGCUGAGUCAAAAUAUGGUGCACGUGAUGUUUCAAUCACGGUCAUCCAAAAUCAUGGUGGAAGAGUGCGACUAGUGGAACGUUCGACAUGAUCCGUGCGCCAAGCGUCGAGGGCCGGGAAUCUGCCGUCCGAGCGGUCACUCACUAUU